AUGGUUCCAAAACGCACACCACCGACUAGACGGGCAUUGUUCUAUGUUCCAGGUAGUGAAGAACGUAAAAUCAAAAGCUCUCUAAAUGUCACCGCGGACAGUAUCGUAUAUGAUUUAGAAGAUGGCGUUGCACUUAAUAGAAAAGGUAUUGCGAGAGAAAUGGUUUUCGAUGCUUUAGGGGCAUCACUGGCCAAUGAAAAAUCAGAGAAAGCUGUUCGAAUAAAUGCUGUUGGUUCAGGCAUGGAGCUAGAUGAUCUUAAUGUUAUACUUCGUUCGAAGGAUCUCGAGGGCAUUGUUAUACCUAAAGUUAGGUCAGCGGACGACAUUAAAUUUGUUAGCCAAAUGAUAGAUUUAAUAGCACCUGAUGAGAGUCGGUCUAAAAUUCGUUUACUGGCGUCAAUAGAAAGUGCUUUGGCCAUUAUGAAUAUUAAACAAAUCGCAACAUCUGAUCCUAGACUUGAUGCGCUAAUCUUUGCUGCCGAGGAUUAUUGCGCAGAUGUUGGAAUUGUAAGAACGCGAUCACGGAAGGAAAUGUUGCUAGCGCGACAGACCAUAGUAACGGUCGCCAGUGCUUAUGAAUUGCAAGCAAUUGAUCUGGUUUGCGUCGAUUUUAGGAAUGAUAGUAUCCUGACAGAAGAAUGUCAGGAAGGCCGAGAAAUGGGCUAUCUUGGAAAACAAGCAAUUCAUCCGCGUCAAGUCGAUAUUAUACAAAAAAUGUUUUUACCUGACAUGCAAGAUGUAGAAAGAGCUGCACGUAUUGUUUAUGGUUACGAGCAACAUUCUAAAAAAGGAAUUGGGGCGUUUGACUUGGAUGGCAAAAUGAUUGAUCUCCCAAUGGUCAAAUGGGCAGAACGAAUACUUGCAAGGGCGGAAUAA